CAAUGGCUUCAACACAACAAUGUCUUGCCUCGCUGGCAAGGCUUAGCCUGUCGACGCCCACCAGAGCUGCUCUUCCGACAAUACCCAAGUUCCUCGUCCCGUCGGUCGCCGCAUCGCAGGUUCGAUAUGCGACCAACAACCCCAACAAGGGCGGAGCCAAGAAGGCGCCCAAGAAGAAGAAGCAGUACAAGUUCUUCAAGUCAUGGGACUUGACCGGCCAGCAGCAGUUUUCUCUCUGCGAUGCUAUGCGCUACCUCCGCGCCGUCGAGGUCGGCCAACCCCCCUUGUCCGUCAAGUACGAGGUGCACGUCAAGCUCAGGACAAAAAAGAACGGUCCCGUCGUGCGCGACCGCGUCCGCCUACCGACCCCCGUCAAGACCGACACCCGUAUCGCCGUCAUCUGCCCCGAGGGCAGCGCGCUGCAGGAGGAGGCCAAGAACCUCGGCGCCGUCAUGGCCGGCGAGGAGACCCUGUUCGAGGCGAUCCGGUCGGGCAACUUUUCCUUCAACAAGCUCCUCUGCCACACCGAGAGCGAGGGCGCGCUGCGCAAGGCCAACGUCGGAAAGCUGCUCGGUCCCAAGGGUCUGAUGCCCAGCGGCAAGACCAAGACCAUCACCAACAACCUCGAGGCCACCUUCCGGGACAUGAUUGGCAUGGACGAGUACAGGGAGAGGAACGGUGUCGUGCGCAUGGCGGUUGGCCAGCUUGGUUUCACCCCCAAGCAGCUGGCCGAGAACAUUCGUGUGUUCAUGGCCAAGAUCAAGUCCGACAUUAGCAAGCUGGAUGAUACCACGCCCAAGAUGGUGGAGGAGGUGGUUCUGAGCACUACCCACGGUCCUGGCAUGAGUCUGAACGCCGAGUUUGCGCCUACCGACGACAAGAUCAAGCCCGAGGAUCUGGAGUCGGUCAUGUAAGAGUGCUGUUGUAGUAUAUGACGGGGGUGUUGGGCUAGAUUUCCUUGUAUCAUAGGCAUGUAUUAUAAUGGCAAAAUGGAGCGGUUGGUAACA